AGCAGGCCGACUAGUAGAUGCCUCAAUUUCAGCAGCCUGGAUCGAUCUCCUCGGUAGUUGUGUGCCGGCCUCUGCGGCAAUGGAUAAAGCGGGCCACAUCCCUCGCCGUAGAGACGCCAUGCAAAGAGAGAUCUCGGUCGAGAGAGAAAGGGUCAUGGUAAUGCCUUAAAGUUGCCGCCGCCUGAUACCCGACAAACGACGCUGAGACGUAGCUCGCCUCGACAACAGGCCCCCACCGUCCAGCACUCUGAACGGAGAGCCGAGAUCGAGACGGGACACGAGCCCAAAGUCUCUGCCGACAGCUCGUCCCGCCACCAGAGGGGAGGAAAACAUCCCGAAGACCGCUAGGCCAAAGCCAUAAAUCAUGUCGGCCGCCCUCCCGCCGCCGCCACCGCCGGACAUCGACCUCUCGCAGGAUCGACGGGCGGUCAUCAUCGCCACGUCGGUCGGGACGAUAGCGCUCGCCAUCCUCGUCGUGGGCCUACGCAUCGCCAGCCGGCGCAUCAAUCACGCGCCGCUGUGGGUAGACGACUGGCUCAUCAUAACAUCGCUGGUUUGCGCAUGCGCGCACGUCUCUUGCUCUUCGCUAUACCCCACGAGCCGCGGCCUCGGGAAGCACAUCUGGGCCAACCCGCCCGAAGCGGCCCUCGACUGGGCUAUCGCCCUCUUCAUCGGCGAGCUGAGCUACACCUUGACGAUGCUGUGCGCCAAGUGGUCCAUCCUCGCCUUCUACUGGCGCGCCUUUCAUGUCCGGAAGUCGAUUAAGGUUCCUAUCUGCGUGCUGGCCGUCUGUGUACUAUGCUGGGGCAUCGCCGUGUUUCUCGUCGCCAUCUUCCAGUGCGUGCCCGUCCACGCGUGGUGGCAGCGCUUCGACCCCGUCAACCCGCUCCCGCCUUCCGCGUAUACGUGCGGCGUCAACUCCCAUGAAUUCUUUUAUGGAAACGCCAUACCGACGAUUGUGACUGACGUGUUGAUGCUUGCGUUACCAGCGCCAUAUAUAUGGACAUUGAAUCUGCCGCGGGGCCAGAAGGUAGCUCUGGCGGGAGUAUUCCUCGUCGGUUUUUUUGUCACUAUCGUGUCUGGCCUCCGACUCAGCAUUAUUCUUCACCAAGACCUCAAGGAUCCAGACAUUACUUGGGUUUUUGUUGACAGUACUAACUGGACCAUCACCGAGGCAAAUAGUGCCGUCGUCUGUGCUUGCCUGCCCUUUCUACAUCCCGCCCUCAGCAAGCUCUGCAAUGGAACUCGGCGCCUGUUCUCCUGCGGCAGCCAUUCUGGUCACGGGUCCACCCGCAAAACGAUGACGACCACCAACACUACCACCGUCGGCAGGGGCAGGACUUGCGACGGAGAUGAAGGUUUGGACGAUGACGAUUCGGGCGCCGUCCGCACCUGGGACGGGGAUCGUCGCUUCGGCUUGUCCUCGACGCAUGCUACCGCGUUUGCGAGUCGAAGUUGUGGCACCUAUACGAGUGGCGGCGAUUUGGAGGCGGAUGAGCGCCUAUUCGUGUGGACGUCUCCUGAUGACGGGCGCAGCGCAACUACUGUUGCGGCAGAGGGAAGAAGGGUAGCCCACGGCAAUAAUGAGUCGUUGACGUCGAUUGAGCUCCGAGAGAUGAACCGUGUAAGGACGUCGGUGAUGGACGGGAUCGUGGUGACCCGCGAGGUGCAUAUGCAGCAUCAAGUUGUAUAA